AUGUUAAAAACCAAUAUUUAUAACAUCAAGAACUUGUUUGCUUACGUUAAGGAGCCCAAACGAAUUGGAGUGCUGGUAAAACCAGUUUUGAAGAGCCGCGCUCAUAUCUUUCUCGAAUUUGCUCUGCAGCUGUUGGGAGCAUUAAUCACUGGUAAACAUUUCGAUCGAAACGAUCCGGAUCACGUCCAACGAUUGGAUCCAUUUGUUUCGCUUAUCACACGAUGCCUUGAAUUCAAGUAUGAAAAGGUCAUCUCAAACGCACUUCGCUGUCUGAUUGGAAUGUUACACCUAUCGCUUCCAUCUGUGCAGAGUUCUCUCAAACAAAUAUCUGAGAGGCUAUUUCUUCUACUCUCUGAGUACUCAGUUCUUGGUAGUGCUGCUAAUAAGGAAUCUGUUCUUGCCUUGAACCAGUUACUCUGCAAGGCAUUCACUCAGUUGAUCAUUAUGGGAGACACUCCUUUCUUGACGGAUAAGCAUGUUUCUCUUCUAUUAAGCUAUGUUGAAAUAGAUGUAUUGGAUGUAAGUAGACAGGCCACUGCUUUUGCCUUGAUCAAAGCACUUGUGCGAAAGAAGGUCGAACAUAGUCAGGUGUGUGAUCCGCUAUGCAUCUUGUAG